AUGAGUGGACAACCUCCUCCCAGCGCGCCUACAAUGGACAAACCCGUCAAUCGCCCGAGAUUGAACAAACGAAAGCGAGUCUCGCGAGCAUGCGACUACUGCCGUGCCCGGAAGCAUAGAUGUGAUGGCCGCCGCCCGGCUUGCUCAUCGUGCUCCGCCACCCGCCAACAAUGCAGCUACGGCUCGGGAAUCAAGAAGCGCGGGCUGCCGACUGGAUAUGUGCGGGCUCUCGAGCUGCUAUGGGCCCUCGUGUUUACCGUCAUCCCCAACAGUACGAGCAUAGUCGGAGAGCUCAUGCCAGAGAUCCAGUUUGCCCUCGACUCUCGCUCAAGGCUGGUCAUGGACAGCAGGCUCAUCAAAGACCCGGAGAUGCUGAGACAGGCUUGGGAGGACAGUGGUAUCCAGGGACAGUUGGAUCAGCUCUUAUUAAAUGUCCAGGAAAGCAGCGAUGCAGGUGCAAAUCCUGCCCCCACCGAAAAUGAUCAGGGCUCUGCCUUGGACCUUCCUCCUCACCUCCGGUCGUUCGAGGCUAUCCAGAGUGCAUCAGCUGAUAGAGCUCGACUCGGCUCUGAUCCCGCAGGCACCAACAGUGCAGAAACACCGUCUGGUCAACAGUCGAUAGCAACUCAAGCUCCAUCACAAAGAGAUGCCGCAUCAGCCACCUUUCCUCAGAAUGCUCAGCGUCUGCUGGAUAUAUACUUUGCCCAUACCCAUUGUUGGCUGCCUAUCGUGCAAAAGCACAAGAUGCUGGAGUUGCUGCACUCGCCUUCACGGACCGCCCUGGGAGAAGGGGGAAACCUGGCCACUUUCUGGGCAGUCCUCGCACUCGCGUCCCUUCAAGAGUCUCCGGACCCUCUUGGCCCAACUAACCAUCGAGACUCCCUCUCGACGCCGGAGCAAAUCUACGCCAAGGCAAGACAACAGAUACCCAACGAGGGGGCACGGGAGCCCGGCUAUGUCCAGGCCUUGCUCAUCUUGAGCCUCUUUAAACUUGAUCAGGGAGAACUCUCAGCUUCCUGGCAUCUAAUCGGCCAAGCUGUGAGAAUUUGCCUUGAUCUGGGUACGUUGAAUCUCGACAGAAAAGGCUCAGACGCCGCUUGUGGCAGCGAUGACAACCAGAGCCGGCUGCUCCUAAGUUGCUUUGUACUCGAUACUAUCGUAUCGUGCCAGUUGGGCAAGCCACCCCAUCUCAGGACAGCAGAUGUACGGUUCCUGCCCACCCUGGCAGAAACAGGCCCGGAUGAGUGGGAGCCACGGACUGUGUAUCCUGGCAAGUCCAGCGAUGGUAGCUCCAUGCAUCAGCCAUUGCGGGCAAUAAGCAUCUUCAACCGCUAUGUUGAUGUGAUUCGCAUUCUCAACGAUGCCAUGUCAAAUACAUUGGCAUCAAACGAGCUUUGCAUCAAGCACUCAUUGGCACUGAGCCGCUGGCAUGACCAACUGCCAAAACACUGCGUCCUCUCUUCUUUACCAGGCCAGGAUCAGCUCGAAGCCGUGGAAAGAUUAUCACCACAACUCAUUAAUCUUCACCUUGCCUUCAAGAGCACCGAGAUGUUCCUCAAGGCGCAACGGGCUAUUGCCUUGCAGCACGGACUACCAAGCACGCAAAGCACAGAAGUCAUCGGCCUUUCAACCAUGCAUCUCAUAUUGAUGUUUGCGAAACAUUUCGUGAUGUCCAGUAUGCCUGCUAUAUUCACUAGUUACCAGGCCAUCGGUGACAGAGCAGUCGCCAGGCCAAGCCACGCCGGCUCAACUCCCCACUCGCAUCUUGCACGGCCAGACCUUGCUGGGAACCACCAGUCCCCGGCGUUGUGCUGCGAGUUCCCCCCGGGUUGCCUGCCAACGCCGGCAGAAUAUCCAGAAUAUGUCAUGGCUGGUACCAACGACUUGGUGUCUUCUGCCGUCCCGUCACUGUCAUGCCACACAGAAGAUCUGACGCACGAACACGACAAAGAAGCCUGGAAGCAUCUAUUCGGCAUCUUGGAGCUAAGUGAAGCAGGCAUUUCGAGCCAAAAGGAUCUGAAAGAUCUCGACUACUUGAAUGGAAUGGGAUGGUGA